AUGGCUGUUGGCAAGAACAAGAGGCUAUCUAAAGGUAAGAAAGGUUUGAAGAAGAAGGUCGUUGACCCAUUCACCAAAAAGGAAUGGUACGACAUCAAGGCCCCAUCCACCUUCAAGAACAGAAACGUUGGUAAGACUUUGGUCAACAAAUCAACUGGUUUGAAGAGUGCUUCUGAUGCUUUGAAAGGUAGAGUUGUUGAAGUCUGUCUUGCAGAUUUGCAAGGUUCCGAAGACCAUUCUUUCAGAAAGGUCAAAUUAAGAGUUGAUGAAGUUCAGGGUAAAAACUUGUUGACCAACUUCCACGGUAUGGACUUCACCACUGAUAAAUUGAGAUCUAUGGUUAGAAAAUGGCAAACUUUGAUCGAAGCUAACGUCACUGUUAAGACUUCUGAUGAUUACGUUUUGAGAGUUUUCGCUAUUGCUUUCACCAGAAAACAAUCUAACCAAGUCAAGAGAACUUGUUACGCCCAAUCUUCUCACAUCAGAGCUAUCAGAAAAGUUAUCUCUGAGAUCUUGACCAGAGAAGUUCAAAAUUCAACUCUAUCCCAAUUAACUUCUAAAUUGAUUCCAGAAGUUAUCAACAAGGAAAUUGAAAAUGCUACAAAGGAUAUCUUCCCAUUACAAAAUGUUCACAUUAGAAAGGUUAAAUUAUUGAAACAACCAAAAUUCGACCUAGGUUCUUUAAUGGCUUUGCAUGGUGAAGGUGCUGAUGAAGAAACUGGUAAGAAAAUUUCUGGUUUCAAAGAUGAAAUCUUGGAAACUGUUUAA